AUGUCACGCCAUCAAGCCGUCCGUAACUUGGACUAUGAAGAAGUUCUCGAUGAGUACGAUGCUGAUGAUGGUGAGCUCGGUGCGGAUCAGCUUACCCCUGAGGAUCGCGAUGCGUUAGCCAAAGGGGCUGAGCAGGUCCGUGAGACUCUGGGAAGCGCCGCUGGAUCUCUAACGACCCAGCAAAUACACGACGCCCUGUGGUACUACUAUUAUGACAUUGAGAAGACGGUCGACUACCUCUUAAAGAAAUACAUCACGCCACCAACUCCCAAGUCUGAACCCAAGAAGCCGAAGGAGGGUAAGUCGCUCAUUUCAUUUCUCGCGUCAAGUUGGAAACAGGGACCAGGAAGUGCAGAAGUUGAGCGUUCGGUAGCCGGCAGGACAAGACAGCAGAUGCAAAGUGACAUUGGCAACUUCGGCAUGGCCUCCUCCUAUGGAAUUCCUUCAACCACCCCGUGGCCGCCUCCGUCCUGGUAUUUCGAAGACAUGCCCUGGAUGAAUGUGCCAAAACACCGGCAAGCCAUCAUGGUUCCUCCCGUCUUGCCCGUGGGCAGGCUUCUGGGUGGUGGCGAAGGGCCGAAGGUCUCCAAACUCCAAGCGCUUGCCGCGGCCCGUAAGAAGAAGAGCGAGGCCGUGAAGAAGCCCGAGGAGUCGGAGGAACGGACACAGAAACGGCUAGCCGAGCUCAACAUCAACGAGCAAACCUAUGAAGAGAACGUCAAGCCCGGCUCAAGUAUUCUAGCGAAACGCCAGAAGCUCCCCAGCCCCGAUGACAUAGGGCUCGCGGCGCAGGCCAAAGCGGGCAACCGGUUUGACGCUGCUGCUGCAAAGAGCGCUACCGCCGCCAAGAAAGCUCCCAAGUCCAACGGAGGGCCGCCAACAGAAGCUGCCAAGGAUCUCUCACUGGACGAUGCUCCACCCCCGAAGAGCAAGAAGAUCAAUGUGCUUCAAGAGUUCGAGAACAGCAAGAGCAAACGCAGCGCAAGCUUUGUUCACUUGAUCGACAGAUAUAGACGCCAAGCAGAGAAACUGGGCAAGUCAUCAUUUGCGCUCGCCUGGGUCAUGGAUCAGCGAGAGGAGGAACGCGAACGUGGUGUGACCAUCGACAUUGCCACCAACCAGUUCGAGACCGACAAAACCCAGUUCACGAUCCUUGACGCCCCGGGUCACAGGGAUUUCGUUCCUAACAUGAUUGCCGGAGCCAGUCAAGCUGACUUUGCCGUCCUCGUCAUCGAUGCCAAUACUGGAGCUUUCGAGAAAGGCUUGAAGGGUCAGACGAGGGAGCACGCUUUACUAUUGAGGAGUCUCGGCGUCCAACGUGUCAUUGUCGCCGUCAACAAGCUGGACAUGGUUGGGUGGUCUGAGGAGCGAUUCAACGAGAUUUCUGAGCAAGUCACCGGUUUCAUGAAGGGCAACGGCUUCCAGCUGAAGAACGUCACUUUCGUUCCCAUUUCUGGACUCAACGGCGACAACUUGGCGGUCAGAUCCGAGGACCCCGCGUUGUCUUGGUACAAGGGCGAAACACUAAUUCAGGCCCUGGAGGAUUCCGAACCAUUGGCCCGGGCUCUAGAAAAGCCAUUCAGAAUGUCCAUCUCGGAGAUUUUCAAAUCUCAACAGAGCCAGUUGACAAUAUCGGGUCGCAUGGAAUCUGGAACUGUGCAGACGGGCGAGAGCAUCGUGGUGCAGCCUAGUGGAGAACAGGCCAGCAUUCGUUCCAUCGAGGUCGAUACCGAGAUUCAGGAUUGGGCGGUAGCUGGACAGAACGUGUCCUUGGGUGUCUACGGCAUCGAUCCCAUCCAUAUUCGGGUAGGCGACAUCAUCAGCAGUAAGGCGGAACCAAUCGAGACCAGCGACUUGUUGACCAUGAAAGUGCUCGCCUUUGAGCACUUGAUGCCCAUGCCUGUCGACGUCCAUCGAGGUCGACUACAUGCCGCCGGCAGAAUUCAGUCGAUCCCGGCAGUGCUCAACAAGACUACGGGCGCAACGGAGAAGAAGAACCCCAAGGUUGUGGCGCCUGCCAAGGUUGCACGCGUCGUGGUCAAGCUGGAGUCAAAGGUGCCUCUGGAGGCUGGGCAAAGAGUCGUGUUGCGAAUGGGCGGCGAAACCGUGGCAGCAGGUCUUCUAGAGUAG